AUGCUCUCCCGAACGACCGCCUGCCGGGGCGCGCAGCGUGCAGCCCGCCAGCAGGUCGUCCGCCCUAGUCAACGUCGCGGCCUCGCUGCCCCGGCCUCAGGCUCCUUCCAGUACCAAUCCGGCGAGGCAAAGGGCGUCAAGUACGCCAGCAGAGACUUUACCGGUCCUACCACGACACUCGCAUUGGUCGCCAAGGCCGGUACGAGAUAUCAGCCACUGCCUGGCCUGACCGAGGGCCUGGCCAACUUUGCUUUCCGGGGCACUGAGAGACGGUCAACAUUGCGCAUUGUCCGCGAAUCUGAACUGCUGGGAGCUAGCCUCAACGCCCACCACUCGCGCGAGAACCUGGUGCUCGAGGCAAAGUUUCUCCGCGAUGACCUCCCCUACUUUGUCGAGCUCCUCGGCGAGGUAGCCAGCUCUACCAAGUACCAGCCCCACGUAUACGCCGAAGAGGUUCUGCCCAUGAUUCACUUUGCUCACAAGCGCUUCCUCGCCAGCGUGACCGACAUGGCCACCCAAUCCGCCCACAGCCUCGCUUUCCACCGCGGUCUGGGUGUCCCUACCGCUUCCGCCGCGCCUACCCCAUACACCAAGUACCUUGACGCCGAGACGAUUGAGUACUACUCCAAGAUCGCCUAUGCCAAGCCCAACUUUGCUGUUGUAGCCAACGGUGCCGACCACGGCGAGUUCUCCAAGUGGGUUAGCGAGUUCUUCGACGACGUUCCCAGCUCCGCUCUCGACGAGUCAAAGACUGGCGCCGACCAGAGCAAGUACUACGGUGGUGAGGAGCGUAUUGCCCACGACAGCGGAAACGCCAUGGUCAUUGCCUUCCCCGGCUCCAGCUCGUUCACCGGAAAGUUCUACAAGCCCGAAAUUGCCGUCCUCAGCUCCCUUCUCGGUGGUGAAUCAGCCGUCAAGUGGUCGUCAGGCUUCACCAAGCUCGGUCAGGCUGCCGCUCCUGGUGCCAAGGUCAAGACCACCAGCGCCAUCUACUCUGACGCCGGUCUUCUUUACACCACCAUCACCGGUUCCGCCAAGGCCGUUGCCCAAACCGCCAAGGCCGCCGUUGAGGCCAUCCAAAAGAUUGCUGCUGGUGAGAUUUCAAGUGAAGAGGUUUCCAAGGCAAAGGCCGCGGCCAAGUUCAAGGAGCUCGAGCACGGCCAGGACAUUCGUGCUGGCCUCGAACUUACCGGCAAUGGUUUGAUCCACAACACUCAACCCUACCAAAUUGACGAGGUUGCCAAGAAGAUUGACAGUGUCUCAGAAGAGUCGCUCAAGAAGGCUGCCAAGGAACUACUGGAGAACAGGGCCUCAGUAUCGUCUGUUGGUGACCUCUUCGUCCUACCUUAUGCUGAAGAUCUCGGCCUUAAGGCGUAA